AUGUCAGCUAAUCAAAUUAGAAGCGAAUUUAAUACAAAUCCUGUAAAAGAUACAACAGAACAAGAAAAAAUGGGGAGUCUCGAGCUUGAUAAAGUACACAAAAACCCAAUCGAAGCCAGUCAACCUUUACAACAACAAGAAGAUGUAAAUGAAAAUAUUAACGACGUUCAAAGCAAUAAAGUGAAAAGAGGUAAAUUAAACCUUAAAACUGUUGAUCAUGUGGGGGCCUACCCACUAAUACAACAAACAGAGGAGGUAGCAAAGAAGGUAGCUAUUACAAGGAUUGUUUUAGCUCAGACAAAGCCUGGUAUUGAUAAGGUAAUAAUUUCAAAGCCUGUUCAAACUGUAGCCCCAGUCAUUAACUUUUUCGAUAAAGUGGCUAAUUCAACUCUAAACACCGUAGAACGCGUUGUUCCAUCUUUAAAAACCAAAACUUAUCAAAGGUUAGGUGAAGAAAUAGCACUACCAUAUACUCUAACAAAGAAGUAUGGAAAGCAAUUCAAGGACACAACUACAAGAACCGGAGACAACUACGUUUACCAGCCUGUCCAUGGAAGGUUGGUAAAAUUCAGAAAGUACUAUAAUGAAAAAUAUAUAGACACAAAAGGCAAGCCUUUAAUAAGAGGACACCUUGAUCCUGUUUUACUACCAGUUAACAAUGCAUUUGAAAAAACAACGGUAAGAUAUCUACCCAAAGGUCAAAAGGUUCCAAGUGAUACUUUUUGCUGCGAAUUUAAUAGAGGGCUAGCCUUGGAUUACAAUUUCAUGACAAGAGCAAUCUCUGCUGUCGGUCACCAGGUUGUUGAUGUUGCAAAAUUACCGUUUGCUUACGGAUGCCAUGCCAACUCUGUUUAUAAUAAAAAUCUAGACAAACAAGAAGAUUUAAGAAUGAGAAAUGUUUUGAAAGGUACCUGGGGGACGGUAAAAGAUCUAGAACAUGAGUUUUGGGUUUCUGUUACCGAUAAGAGCUUAUUUAGAUUUUUCGCUACCAAAUCAGAGGAGGAAGAUUUACCACGUUUAGUACAAUAG